AUGCAGGCCAAUAGAGGAAACGCCGAGGCCCUGGGUCGCAAGGCUAAGCUUGCUCGCUCGUACCAGGAGCUCCUCGACGAGUUCUCUAACAAAGACCUCAGCUCCGUUGGCAACUACACUCUCGGUCGUCUCAUCGGAAAGGGUUCCUUUGGCAAGGUCUACUUGGCCUCCCACAAGCUCACGAAUGGCUCCAAGCGUUUUGUUGCCGACAUGGGAAGAAUGGUUAACAAAGACUCGAUAGGCGACGAGCUAUACAACUACCUCCUCGAACAUGGCCCCCUUCCCGUCCACAAAGUCCAGAAGAUUUUUGCCCAACUAGUCGGCGCUGUCGCAUACGUACAUCAACAAUCAUGUGUCCACCGCGACCUGAAGCUGGAAAAUAUCCUGUUCGACAAGCACGAAAACGUAAAGCUUGUGGAUUUUGGUUUCACCAGAGAAUACGAGGGCAAAUCGAACUACUUGCAGACAUUUUGCGGCACAAUAUGUUACUCGGCACCCGAAAUGCUCAAGGGCGAGAAAUACGCUGGAGAAAAGGUCGAUGUCUGGAGUCUUGGCGUUAUCCUAUAUGCCCUGCUAUGCGGAGAGCUACCGUUCGACGAUGACGAUGACAACGUUACACGCACAAAGAUCCUCAGCGAAGAACCGAAGUUCCCCGACCAUCUCCCACCUGCCGCUAUUCCGUUACUCAAGUCUUUGCUCUCUAAGCGACCCCUACUCCGACCCUCCCUCCCCGACAUCCUCACCAACCCUUUUCUCGCCGAACACUCCCCAGCACAACAAGCAAUCCUAAAAUUGCAAAGGCCGCCGCCUUUUUCAACGCAUCUAGAGAAGGAGACUCUCCAGCGCAUGAGAGGAGCGGGUGUCGACAUUGACUCUGUCAUCGAAAGUGUGCUUGCGCAGCGGUGUGAUGCUUUGGCUGGCUGGUGGACGCUGCUUAUUGAGAAGGAGCAGCGGAAGGUCAAGAGAAGGGAGAGGAAACGGCGGGAAAGAGAAGCUGAGAAUAGGAGCUUGCGUCGUCUGUCCGCCGCAUCCAGCAGACUCGAGCGGAUUGCGCCUGUGUUACAAGAGGUCGACGAGGACGGCGGGCUGACGAACCGCUUCAUCAGACUCGAAGAUGGGCCCAUUACCCCACGAACAAGAGGCCGAUCAGAAAGAAGAAGUGCGCAUUACGCCGACUUGGGAGACUUGCCCGGGCUGCCCGAACACAGCAAGGAAAACGGAAGUCCAGAUACAGAGGAACCGCCUCCACCAAUCGAUAAGGAUUCGAUCCGGUCUGCCAGUACGUCUAGACAUCGUCGCCCUGUUCCGCCCCCUAAGGAGGGUGUGAUCCGCAGCGCGAGAUCUCGGGGUUCGACCCUUCAUCUAGUGACCACUUCGGAAGCUUUGGCGGCUAACGGGACGCCAGAGCGACCACCUGAACAGCAACAAAAAGUUCGCAAGAAGCCCUCACAGGCCAUCAUUGCGCAUUGGAAGAACUGGACACACUGGUUCUUCGAGAACACCCGUAGGGGGCGGCAUGCGAACAAGAGAGGGAGUCACUCAACGCCCAACCUGGUCGAUAAAAACGGCAGUGUUGCAGGCAACAGCAGUAAACACUCCAAGGACACGAGUCCUCGGCCGCAGACAAGCAAGUACCCAACAACGGAUGCUGGCGUACCUCAAGGAAAGGCCGGAUUGCCUCGUGGCGUAGUGGCUAAUGGCCAUGCUAACAAGGCACUGCCAAGUCACGGAGGAUCUGGAGGUUUCAGCAGUCCGGCCUCGGGCGGAGGCUCUGCUCCCUCGCGGGUACCGUCCCGAAUCACAACAUCUUACAAGCGGCAAUCGCUGUCGCCAUCUCCCAUGACCCCAAGGACUACUAUGCGGCGCUCCUCGGCAGGUUUGAGGGGCCGCAAGUCCACUUCUUCAUCGGUCUCGUCCAUCCGUUCGAUGCCUCACCAUCAUCACUCUCAUUCCAAAGCCUCAUCAACGAGCUCAAACGGAUCAGUCUCGACUUCCAUGUCCAAAAACACUCUCCAGCGCGGGCAGUCGCCGCAUCACUCCGUCAAAGUCCUCCCUGCCACCCCCACCGCGACCGCCUUCCCGUCGAAUAUCCGUCUAGUUCGAGGACCAGGUCCCCCGGCUCCCCUUGCUCUAUUCAAUGAGGGCAUGCCACCCCCACCGGUAACGUCGGGAAUGCAGGCUCCAGGCUCGCCCAAUCCCUUUGCCCUGGGAGGGGGCAUCCAAUUUGCCAAGCGAAAGCGGAACAUAUUCAAGGGCCCGAUGCUGGCCUUUGGCGGAGGUGGCAACGCAGGCGGUGGCGGGGGAGGGGGCGGCAGUUCACGAAGCACAAGUUCUAACCAUUCACGCAGUGCAAGUGCUUCUGGAAUCGGGCGACGGUCAGGCGAAGCUCCCAUACAGGAAGAGGAAGAGGACGAAGAAGCGGAAGAAGAGAUUGAGGAGGUUGACGCUUUCAGCCCCGUUGUUGGGGGACCAGGAGAGCGCAUCGAGGAGCAAAUUAUUGAAGACAGCGAGACAGAGGCACUGGCAGAGCAGGCGAAGGAGGAGGAUGAUGCUCCUCCAGUAACGCCAAAAGCCUCAGCCGCCCCUGUCCCGACAUGA